CACAAAUACGCGUGAACACGCCUGUCCCACUGUAAAAAGUAUAGUGGGAUUAUAAUUACUCGACAAAUCGCUAAUUGAGGAGCUGUAAUGUGAUUUCAGAAGAAUGAAGAGUUCGAAAACCAGGCUGACAGGCUGACCCUGACCGACCCAACCCCAGCCCCAUCCCCACUUGCUCAACCGCCUCUACCUCUGGACGCGUAAAAACCUACAACAAUGGUCGUUGAACCCAGAAGCGCACGAUGCGAUCAAGAACUGGAUGUUUAACAUGUCGCAAUCGCAAGCUCAAGUGUGACGAGCAGAAACCCAUUUGUGGACAAUGUACGAAAGCCAGCCGUCAAUGUGUGCCCAGUCCAGGCGUUGUUUUUAGACAUCAGCAAAAUGCGUCAAUGAACGGAUCAGGCACGACUGGUGUCGAGGGUGGUCUGAAAAGCUUCUAUGGAUACAAGGAAACUUUUGGAAAAGACAGCAUUUGGGUGGAAGUUCCGCGCAAUCUCACAUUUGUGCAUACUACCAAUCCUUAUGACGAGCCGGACACAACACAUUUUCAUCCAAUACCACAGACCAGUGGUCCAGAAACACAGUUGGAGCAUACCUGGAAUAGCAGUGCUCAGUAUCCAUAUCCUUUUAUGCCGAGUUCAACGCAUGGUCUAGAAGCACUUUCUGCAGCAGCUUCGGCCGACCAUUAUUUCCACAACAAUGCUCGGCGCAUUGAUGUGCCAGGCUCUUUCUCGCCACCCAUAGAUCCGAGGCUUGAUACUGAGCUUUCAGAGACUUGUUUGAAUAUGUUCCAGCCUCAGCCGGAUACUGGAUCAAUCGACUUCGAUCCCAAACACGACGAAGAUGUGCCUUACCUGCUACGUUAUUUCUCUGAGGGACCAGGAGAAUGGAUGGACUUGUUUGAUUUAGGAUCAUUCUUUGCAGUAGAUGUACCCCUAAAAGCAGCGUCCAGUCCAUUGUUGUUAUACGCAUCAAUCGCGUUGUCAGCCAAGGCUCUAGGAAGAAUCAGGAUAUCAGCACAGCAGCCGAAGGGAUUCGGCUCCAAACGUACGCCAGCAGAGUGGUCACACAAGGCUCGCUACUAUUACGAUCAAGCAAUCACACUACUUCGGCAGGCUCUCGAGAAUGAGACUAGACAAGCAUCCGCUGGCCAGCAAUCACCGAGUACAGCGAUAGUAUCUUUAGAUGCUGUCGAAGAGUUUGGAGUAGAUCACCAUUCGGCAUCUCCGCCAGUGCUAUCUCGGACGGACUCUGAUGAGCUUAUUGCCACAACAGCCAUAUUGUGUGUAUUCGAGUUCCUCGAUGCCUCGGGCACAGAAUGGUCAAGACAUCUAGAUGGUGCGAAAAGUCUGUUCGACAUUGCCAAAGAUGGCGCGAUGCCUCUUUCCAAUACUUCCAGUCCCAUACUAUCACCCAGGCCGACUACGUCCACGAAGGGGCGCAGAGCUGUAUUCUGGAACAUUUGUCGUCAGGAGAUGUUGAAUGCCUUCAUUAAUAACACCAAUACGAGGUUGGACACAGAGGACUAUGAGAUGUGGCGAUCUGCUGGAUUGCACAUAUCUCAGGCGGGUCUUAUCUUACCAUCGAAUGAUCCGGCAGUACAAGAGCCAAUGGCUGACGACAUGAUAUCAAACGCUUUGAUCUGGCUCAUGAUGAAACUUGUCAACUUUAUCUCGGCUGGCGAUGAGUUUCCUCAUGAAAUGGACCUGGGUGUCCGCCAAAGAGCACUGUUGGAAUAUUGGGAGGGUCUAGAACGACAACUGGACAAAUGGGCCUGCCACAUAGCUUCAGACCAAGCGCUACAGAGUGGCCCGACAAGAGCAACAACAAUGUAAGAAGUGCGACCAAGAUCCCACUGAGAUGGUUCGCUCGACCGAUGUGUGCGUCGACAAUGCAAUCAUUUCACUUUGCAAAGAUUCAAUUGCUCCUCAACAAGCCGCAUGAAUCCACAGGCAUAAAGCACAUCAAACCAUCGGGUACCA